ACUCUGAAAUAAGGGUGAAUAGGGGGCGCGAUCUCUUCGUGUUUCGUUUUGUUUAUAUGAAAAAUGGUUUAUCAUAAAUUUUGAAUGUAAAAGUUAUUAUUAUUAUUAUUCAUGGCCUUUCACCGCAUGUGCUGAAAGUCAUUAAACCAGUUACAAAACCAGUGUCACGUAUAUAAUAAUAAAAUUUUGCGUCAUUUCGAAGGACAGCUAACCAAUAACAUCCAGCAGUAAAAAGCUGCGAGCUGAGCUCCAUUUAACAUAGUUUUUUUGUACAUUAAUUACGUGUCAUGGGUAAACGAAAAGCUAAUGAUAACACAGGAAAUCCAAACCAAGAUUUAUGCGACUUUCUAACGGAAUUGGCGAAUUACGAACGAAAUGUCAGCAAAAAUAUUUAUAAAUACAAUGCCUACCGUAAAGCAGCCAGUACUCUAAGUGGUUUACCACAUAGAGUAACAAGUGGUGGUGAGGCAAAAAAGCUGCCAGGAAUCGGAGACAAAAUCUCAAAGAAAAUCGAUGAAUUCCUUAACACUGGAAAGUUACAAAAAUUGGAAGAUAUUAAUAAGGAUGAAAACAAUGUUGCAAUUAAUUUAUUAACGCGUGUAUCUGGUAUUGGACCUGCAAAAGCAAAAGAGUUGGUGGAUGCCGGUAUUAAAUCUUUGGAUGAUUUAAAAAAUCAUCCAGACAAACUCAAUCACCAUCAAAAAAUUGGUUUAAAGUAUUUUGACGACUUUGAAAAAAGAAUCCCGCGGAAAGAGAUCGAGCAGAUCGAAAAUAUCCUGAAAAACGUUAUUAAGGAAGUAAGCAAUGAAUAUAUUGUUACAAUUUGUGGCAGUUACAGGCGUGGUAAAGAAGAAAGCGGCGACAUCGAUGUUCUAUUAACGCAUCCGAUGUAUACUUCUAAAGAGAAAGAAUCAAAGAAAAAAGUUUCAGUCCUGAAGAAUGUUGUGGAAUGUCUUGAGAAAAAGAAAUUGAUCGUCGAUACGAUAUCUCUUGGACCAACAAAAUUUAUGGGUGUCUGCCAUGUUCCAAAUGAUAACAACAAACCAUUUAGAAGACUUGAUAUUAGACUGGCACAUUACGAUCAGUAUUAUUGCGCUGUACUUUAUUUUACUGGAAGCGAUCUUUUUAAUAAAAAUAUGAGAGCACAUGCUUUGGAAAAAAAGUAUACUUUGAACGAAUACACAUUGAAACGUCUCACAUCUGAAGGAGUACCAGGAGAGGCAGAAAAGAUCACAUCCGAAGAAGAUGUUUUUCGAAUUUUGAAGUUACCAUACAAAGAACCGAAGGACAGAAAUCGGUUUUUCCGAAACAUGGACAUUUCAGUGGAUACCGUGGACAGUCAGCGUUCCCUGGACCAGGUAUCCAGCCCAAUCCGCGAGCAUGAGACUGAUGUUGUUAUAACUCAUGGUGCUUACGAAGAUGAAGACGAAGACGAGUACGUCGCAAGCAAUCAGCCACCGAUUAUCGUCAAGUUACCGGUUCGCAAGAAUGAUAUCCGCUACAAGAUGAACCACAACGAGCGAGGAAAAUGCGUGAUACUGAAUCACGAUACCUUCGAAUCUCCUGGACUGAAAUCGCGCCAAGGAUCUGGUGCCGACGUGGAGGUGAUAAGGAAAACCUUCAGCAAGCUGGGCUUCGAAGUGGAGGAACAUUCAAAUUACACUCUGGAAAAGAUCUACGACAAGAUAAGCGAGCUAAGCAAGGAUGACCACAGCGACAGGGAUUGCAUUUGCGUGUUCAUAUUGACGCACGGCAAUCGAAACGGUUUGAUAUACGCCAAGGACUAUCCGUUUCCGUUGGUCAACGUCUGGACGCCGUUCACCGCUGAUAAAUGUCCGACGCUGGCUGGAAAACCAAAGCUCUUCUUCAUCCAGGCUUGCAGGGGCUCGGAAAGGGACAGUGGUGCGAUGGUGUACGCAGGACCUGGCAGAUCGGAAACAGACUCUGUUGUUACGGUACCUUACAAGAUCCCCACCCAUGCAGAUUUUCUGUUCGCUCACAGUACGGUGGAAGGUUUCUUUUCGUGGCGAGAUACAGAGUAUGGGACAUGGUACAUACAGCAUCUGUGCAAAGUAAUAGAGGCCCAUUGGGAGGAUACAGACCUGCUGAAAAUGUUGACAAUAACCGCGCGUACAGUGGCCAACGAAUGCUCGUCCACUCACAGUAUUCCAGCUCAGAAUAACCAGAAGCAGAUGCCUUCGUUGACUUCCACCCUGACCAGGGACAUUUUCUUUAAACACCAUUCCUGAGACUCUCAACUCCGAAUAGCUUUUAGAUCGUAUAACGGUACAUAUUCGCGUUAAGUCGCUGCGAUAGUUCUGAUAAAUAAUAAUUCAUUUUAUAAUUUAUUUUACAUCUAACGAGAGAUCAGCAGGCAGAACCGAAGCAGCAACUAAACGCCACGUGCUCCACUUGUCCGUAAGUUCUGUAGUUUUCCACGCGGAAAAUUCAGAGUGUACUUGGUUCGGAAUAUUCACGGUUAAAGUUUCGAGUUACGAAUUAGAGAAGAUCGUGCAAAUGAAUUCAAACGGACUAACGACGGAAACGCGCGCUUGAAUUCGAGAGAUUUCGCGCGAUUUCCAGCAAAUUUUUAUCCAAUCUUGAGUUUAUCGUGGAGAUACGAUAACAUUGAUAACAAAAAUUGUCGGUUUAAACGUUCGCUCGUGUCGAUCUCCCGCCAUUGUGGUGACCCUAUCAUUGUGAUAAGUAUUAUUAAUAAUGUUAAUAAAUGCACUAUUUUUACUUUUG